AUGCCCUGUCCCAGCUCCUGCCCCCCCGGGCUCUUAGCCUUGAUGGCACCUGGGCUGGCUCUUAUGGCCACGUUCUCGCUGCCUUCUCAGGCCGGGGACAGGAGAGCGCUGCCAGUGGAGAAACCUCCAGGUGUGAAGGGAAGAACUCUCAUUCUCCUUGAUGUCAACACCAAGAGCCCUGUCAGGAUAAUCAGUGAGAAUUUCCUCUCCCUGCAGCUGGACCCUUCCAUCAUUCAUGAUGGCUGGCUCGAUUUCUUAAGCUCCCGGCGGCUGGUGACCCUGGCGCGGGGCCUGGCCCCCGCCUUCCUACGCUUCGCGGGCAAGAGGACGGACUUUCUGCAGUUCCACAACGUGAAGAACCCGGCCAAGAGCCGCGGCGGCCCCGGCCCCGACUACUACCUCAAGAACUACGAGGACGACAUUGUUCGCAGUGACAUUGCCCUGGAUAAGCAGAAAGGCUGUAAGAUCGCCCAGCAUCCUGACAUAAUGUUGGAGCUACAGAGGGAAAAGGCAGCUCAGAUGCACUUGGUUUUGUUAAAGGAGCAGUUUUCAAACACAUACAGCAACCUCACAUUAACAGCCAGGUCUCUAGACAAACUCUAUAACUUUGCUGACUGCUCUGGCCUUCACCUGAUCUUUGCACUGAAUGCUUUGCACAGAAAUCCCAACAACUCCUGGAACAGCUCCAAUGCUCUCAGCCUGCUGAAGUACAGUGCCAGCAAGAAGUAUAACAUCUCCUGGGAGCUGGGCAAUGAGCCCAAUAACUAUCGGACCCUGAUCGGUCGCUCGGUGAACGGCAGCCAGCUAGGGAAGGACUACAUCCAACUGAGAAGCCUGCUGCAGCUUAUCCGCACUUAUUCCAGAGCAAACCUCUAUGGGCCAAACAUUGGGAGGCCCAGAAAGAACGUCAUCGCCCUCCUGGAAGGGUUCAUGAAAGUGGCUGGCAGCACGGUGGAUGCUGUUACCUGGCAACAUUACUACAUUGAUGGCCGAGUGGCCAAAGUGACGGACUUCCUGAAAACACGCCUGUUAGACACACUGUCUGACCAGACCAGGAAAAUCCAGAAAGUAGUGAACACCUACACACCAGGGAAGAGAAUCUGGCUGGAAGGUGUUGGUAUGACCUCAGCUGGAGGCAUGAACAACCUCUCUGAUUCCUAUGCAGCUGGGUUCCUGUGGCUGAACACGCUGGGCUUGCUGGCCAACCAGGGCAUCGAUGUGGUGGUGAGGCACUCCUUCCUCGACCAUGGCCACAACCACCUGGUGGACCAGAACUUCAACCCCUUGCCGGACUACUGGCUGUCCCUGCUCUACAAACGCCUCAUUGGUCCCAAGGUCCUGGCAAUCCAUGUGGCCGGUCUUCAGAGGAAACCACGACCCGGCAGAGUCAUUCGUGACAAACUCCGUAUUUACGCCCACUGCACCAGCUACCACAACCACAACUAUGUCCGGGGGUCCAUCACCCUUUACAUCAUCAACCUGCAUCGCUCCCGUAAGAAAAUCAAACUGGCAGGGACGCUGCGAGAUAAGAUUGUCCACCAGUACCUGCUGCAGCCCUACGGCAAGGACGGGCUUCACUCCAGGUCAGUCCAGCUGAACGGGCAGCCACUGGCAAUGGUGGACGAUGCGACUCUCCCAGAACUAAAGCCUCGUCCUCUGCGGCCUGGCCGCACCCUGGUCAUCCCCCCGCUGACCAUGAGCUUCUAUGUAGUGAAGAACGUGAAUGCGCUGGCCUGCCGGUACCGAUAGCCUGCAGCUCCACAUGGACCCACUGGCCCUGCUCCUGCUCCCGUGCACUCCCCAGGACAAGCUGCCUCCUUGGCGACCCUCACAGCCUCACGGCAGGGCCACGUCGGGUGGGCACUGCACCGUGCCCUCAUCUUCGCACCCUGGACGCCUUCUGCCUUGGCACUCUCUCCUGCUCUGUGGAGCUCUACUUGGCCCUGGCCAGCAUCCCGACAGAGUGAUGCGACGGCAAAUUUGCAAAUCUGUCUGCAAGAAGCACCCGGGGUCCGGUGCCCACUGAAUGCUGGGGAGGGCGGGGGUGCUGUGCCCUAGUACUGCCCGGUACCCCCAGUCCCGCUGCCCCUCCAGCAGCCGGGUCCCCCUUUCCUCUGCCCUUACCCGGGCGGCGGGGAACGCGGGCAGCCCGGUGCAGCAAGAGCAUGGAAGCAGCUCCCUCUGCUGCCGCCAG